ACCCAGAAGUUUGAAACUGACGAAGGGAAAAAAUAUUUAUUUGAAAGGCUGACGCAAGGGCGCUAAAUACAAACGUGCAAUAAAUAAAGUGUGAUUUAAAAAAAUCAUAAUUUUACGAAAGCAUUUUCACAGUCAGGAGGCACGAGGCGUAUUUAUUUGAUAAACAUAAGCCAAGAGCUAGCUACUAGCUAGCAUGCUAACUACGCAGCUUUAGAUGAAAACAUUAAAUGUUAUCCGUUUACUAAAGAGUUAUAAACUACCACAGCUGUGCCGGGCUUGAGAAGCAACGUAUUUCAUUUUAAGGAAUGGCUCCUCGGUUGCAGCUGGAAAAAGCUGCUUGGCGGUGGGCAGAGACGGUCAAACCAGAGGAUAUCACACAUGAGCAUAUUGCUUUAGCCUAUAGAAUUGCACUGACAGCAUGCAAGAGAGGAACAUGCAGGAGGAACUGCAAAGGGAAUCCUAAUUGUCUUGUUGGAAUCGGUGAACAGUCAUGGUUGGGUGAAAUUGAUGAAAAUACCUUCCACAACAUCGAUGACCCAAACUCAGAAAGACGAGAUAAGAACACAUUUGUGGGCUUGACGAAUCUUGGUGCCACAUGUUACGUAAACACUUUUCUCCAGGUUUGGUUCCACAAUCUGGAGCUUCGUAGAGCCCUGUAUCGCUUUCAGAAUUCCAGAGCGGAAGGGCACAACAUGGAUUCAGAUUAUGAACCAAGAACGAUAUGUGAACAUCUGCAGUAUCUGUUUGCAUUGCUACAGAACAGCAACAGGCGGUAUAUCGACCCGUCAGGGCUGGUAAAGGCUUUAGGGCUGGAUACAGGGCAACAGCAGGAUGCUCAGGAAUUUUCCAAACUCUUCCUGUCACUUUUAGAAGACACUCUUUCAAAGCAGAAAGAUCCCUAUCUCCAAAAUGUCAUCCAACAGCAGUUCUGUGGACAGUUCUCAUAUGUUACUGUAUGCAACAAAUGUGGACGUGAAUCUCCUCUACCAUCUCGAUUUUAUGAGCUGGAACUGAACAUUCAAGGACACAAAAACCUCACAGAAUGCAUCACAGAGUUUUUAAAGGAGGAAAAGUUGGAUGGUGAUAAUCGUUACUAUUGCGAGAGUUGUCAAAGUAAACAGAACGCUACACGUCGGAUCAAGCUCCAGAGUCUUCCCCGCACGCUCAACUUUCAGCUCAUGCGCUUUGUCUUUGACAGGCAAAGCAGUCACAAAAAGAAGCUAAACACUUUCAUUAGUUUUCCAGAAGUUCUUGAAAUGGGUCCGUUUUUGGAAGGAAAAGAUGAGAAGUGCACAUAUGAGCUCAGCGCGGUGUUGAUUCAUCGUGGUGUGAGCGCAUACUCCGGCCACUACAUCGCUCACGUAAGAGACGCUCACACCAAUGACUGGUACAAAUUCAACGAUGAGGAGAUUGAGAAAAUGGAGGGCAAGAAGCUUCAGUUAGGCAUCGAAGAGGACAUUGCUGAGACUGCCAAAUCUCAAACCAGAAAGCCGAAAUGUAGCAAAGGCUAUCACUGUUCGAGAAACGCUUACAUGUUAGUAUACAAACGUCAGAUGGGAGAGGAAAACCAAACAGAAGAAAGCAUCCAAGUACCAGCUGUUCUCCAGAAGCUGGUGGAACAGGACAACAAGAAGUUUGAGGAGUGGUGCAAUGAGAUGUCAGACAUGCGGAAACAGAGCGUAGACAAAGGCAAAGCCAAACAUGAGGAGGUGAAGGAGCUCUACGAAUUGUUACCCGCGGAAGACGACCAGUCGUAUGAGUUUGUGCCUGUGGAAUGGUUGAAGAAGUGGCUGGAUGACUCCACGGCCAUCAAGGAAAUCGACAACAGUAAUUUUCUUUGCUCCCACGGCAAACUGCAUCCAGACAAGGUUGGCGAGGCCAAAAGAAUAUCACCGAAAGCUGCUGAUCUCCUCUUUGGCCGCUAUGGAGGAGGUCCUAGACUAGACCGGUCUUCUCUCUGCAGAGACUGCGUUGCUCAGCGAUGCAGGGUCCUCAGACUGAAAAACCAACUGAAUGAAGAUUACAGAGAGUGUUUGCAAACUAAUCGGGUCGACGUUCGUGUGGGAAUGUUAAGUGAUGAGCCAGGGUUCUGGAUCGGGAAGGCUUCACUGAGGAGCUGGAGGCAGUUGGCGUUGGACCAGCUGGAGGAAGAUGAGGAGAAAACCAAACACAACAAUAGCAAAGUCAAUGGAGAGAAAAGCAGCAGCCCAGGAGCUAAAGCCGAUGGAGGUAAAGGGGAUAGUGAAGAAGGUGAUGUCAGUGAAGAGAUGAAGAACUUUAAUGAAGACAUUCUCUGUUAUCACGGUGGUUUGAGUAUACUAGAAAGUGACCGGCGGGUGGUUUCUGCUGAGGUGUGGAAUAAACUGCGAAUGUAUUUCCCUAACGCUCCAGAGUUCACACAAGAACAUGAGCCAUGUCAGCACUGCACGAGGCUGGAAAGAGAAGGGAAAGAGAACGAGGCUUUGAACAGAAUGAUGGCCAAUGAGCAGAAGAGCUCUCUUUUAAACCUCUUCCAAGAGAAGAACCGACCCACACUGCAGAAAUGGCCACAGGAGACGGAUGUUUUGUAUAUUGUACCCCUUUACUUUGUGGAUGAAUGGAAGAAAUUUAUCAGGAGGCCAGCAAAGGGUAACCCAGUGUCCAGUGUGGGCAACAGCAUCCUCCUUUGUCCUCAUGGUGGAUUCAUGUUCACAUAUGACUCUAUGCUGCAGGGCGACGCCCAACAUAUAGCUCUUCUCUGGCCUGCCGAAUGGGAGGUGAUCAACAAAAUGUUUCUGGUGGACCAGUCCAUCUCUAUACGUAGGAUUCCUGAAACGACACAAGAAAACAGCAAUGUGCGAUACCAGACUCACCCAGACUUGUGUCAGGAGUGCCGUGAGGGGUUUAUUUUCCAACAGCAGAGAGACAUGCGGGAAUACGCACAGGCCACGGUGUAUGUUCGGAAAGUCAUUGAUAAGAAGACGAUGAUUAAGGAAUCUGCCCCCGAGUUCAGUGUGAGCGGCUCGGAUAUGGAGGAGGAAAGAGAAGAGCCAAAGAUAGAUGGAGAGAAAGAUCCAGACUUCAGUCAGACUGAGGGUGGAGCCAAACGACAGAAGCUGAACGAAAACGUCUCUGUCUGCACGGCCCCCACGACCGCUGCUACCAAGUCGGGCAUCAGGAGGAGCACGAGGCACAGGAAACUGCGCGGGGAGAAGGCCCUCAUCGUUUCUGCCAAUCAGACUCUCAAAGAGCUAAAGAUCCAGAUCAUGCAUGCGUUCUCCGUCGCUCCGUUUGACCAAAACCUCUCCAUAGACGGACGCUGUUUAACAGACGACUCGGCGACUCUAGGAAGUCUUGGAGUUAUCCCAGAGAGCAUUAUAUGCCUUAAGGCUGAUGAACCCAUUGCUGAUUAUGCUGCUAUGGAUGAUGUUUAUCAAGUCUGUAUGCCCGAAGAAGGUUUUAAAGGCACUGGGCUUUUAGGACACUGAGAGGAGCGCUGAUUAUGGAUUGAUGCUGAGCAAGGAAAAAGCUUGAAUUAGUCAUAGAUGUUCUUCAUUGGGAUAUUUACUUUAUUUUUUUGUCAUUUUAUUUUUGCAUUUUUAUUUGUCGUUAAAUGUUAAACUUCAAAGUGUCUUUAUGUUAAAACAUCGUGCUUGCUUUUAAUAUUGAAAGAUGUUCUGCAAGAUUUUGUGGUCGUGCUUGCCAUGACUUAAAAAAAAUACGGGUCGAGAUUUUCUCAAUGGACGUUCCAAGAAUGGGAAUUCCUCCUUGUUUGUUGCAAUGUCAUAUUUUGAGAUUAUGGUCUGAUCAUAUUUCGUGUUAAACAGUAAAUCUCUGUCAAUUGUAAGGGAUUUUUUUGUUAAAAAAUAAGCUUGUGAUGGCACUGCAAUAGAGCUCGUACAUAUUUAAGAAUGCAUGAGCAACUUAAUACUAAAAAAUAUAUAGUCUUUGUUUGGUUCAUGUAAAUAAUCACACCAAAAUACUGCAGUGAUGAGAAGCCUAAUAGACAUGAUGAUGAUGAUGAUGAUGAUGAAUAGAGAAAUAAGUUUCCAGAAGUGGGAAAUAUUACAACAUUGCUAUAUAGUUUAGACAUGCUCUGCUACUUGAAAUAUUAAGCAGGCAUUUGUGUGAACUUUUCUGUAUGUUCUUUCAUAUGGGCAAUAAAUAUUCUUUUUACAUCUUAA